UCGCACCGGCUAUUUGCCGCUGACAGUUGCGUCAUACGGCAUUCGGCAAAGUGUAGUUUAGUAGGUGGACGUUAUUAGGUUGCCGCGUUUACGCAGUUCGCGUAACGUGUGAAUAUUCAUUGCUAAAUAUUAAAAUACAUGAUUUAACUGUUUUAUUUUGUGUUGCUUACAUUGUUUUUAAAGCAAAAUGUGGAAAUUAUUCAUAGUCGCGGUUAGUCUGUUAAACAUAUACGGAGAAUGUAGGUACGGAAUAAAUUAUCAAAAUCAAGACUUGUCCAAUGAAAUCUCAACUCGGCGUCCCCAUCACAGGGAACACAAGGUUGGGCCCCCAGACCACACCAAACUAGUUGCUAUGGCUAGAUACGUGCUUCAUAAUUGCGAUUGGGCUUCGAUUGCAACUAUAUCCGUGCUACCAGCGAUAGAAGGUUUCCCCUUCUCUAAUGUUAAAUCUGUGGUCGAUGGUUCACUCGCCAAUUCCACUGGAGUCCCCUAUUUCUAUAUGUCACCUCUGGACUUCACAGCUCGUGAUUUAGCGAAAAACACGCGCGCAACUAUUUUGGUGUCUUUGGAAGAAACAAGAUUUUGUGAGAACCAAAAAUACGACCCGGAAGAUCCGAGAUGCACUCGUCUUAUGCUGUCGGGAAAAAUGAAAAAGGUCAAAGAAGGCACAUCAGAGUUUAAUUUCGCGAAGGCCGCUUUGUUUGAAAGACAUCCUGCGAUGGCGACAUGGCCAACCGAUCACGACUGGUUCAUCACCAAAAUGAAGAUUGCUCAAAUAGCAAUGGUGGAUUGGUUCGGCGGCGCUAAAUACGUAUCAGUUAGAGAUUAUCUCGCAUAUAACUAUACAGGAACUGAAAUGCUUGAUAAUUUCAACCACAGAAGACUUAAUUAGAUACUAAAAGUAUAUACUAAUAUUAUGUAUAUGAUACAUACAAAUAAACAA